CCUGAAAUUUACAAAUUUACAAAACAUCGUCACUGCAAGCGACAUGUUCAGCACGUCGAUUUCUACUGACGUCACGAUUGUGCGCCUGCGCACAACGAUACAUUGCAUAGCAACAGCGGUGAAGCAGAAGGUCAACUCGUAUCUGUGCCGUUACAACGGGAAAGAACGCCGGUUUUCAGUGGCCUCUUGUCGAACACUAUGGACGGGUUUGAUCAAUUCAACGACUCGGAGAAGGCAGAGGCGUCCGAGCUGCAGCGUAUGAUCGCGAUAGAGCAACAAAAAGCGCAGUUCCAGGCCCAGGUGCACACCUUCACCGACGUCUGCUGGGACAAGUGCGUGGACAGUCCGGGCUCCAAGCUCGACCACCGGACGGAGACGUGCCUGGUGAGCUGCGUGGAGCGUUUCAUCGACACCACCCUGAGCAUCACCAACCGCUUCACACAGAUGGUCCAGAAGGGCGCUCAUUGAUGAAGACGAAGAGCGCCUCAAAGAGGAAAACCGGGCCAAGGACGUGAACUAGAUGUUUUGUGGCGGCGGGAGGCUGCGGGCAUGGAGGACGUGUGCCGAGACGUAGCCUUUUGAAUUUCCUAUCAUGUAACAUCAGUGUGCUCGUGUCCGCCAUCCUGUCUGAUCCUCGUAUCUGACUAAAAAGAAGGCGGGGAAGGAAGGAAGGAAUUGAAUGAAGGAAUCCAGCCAUCGAGUGGCCGCUUCUUCUGCUGUCAUCAUGGGACCUUAUUUUAAAAAGAAUGUUGAUCCUGGUUCGGUUGACACGUGAAUUAAACAUAUGGUGUUUGUCAAUUAAAAUAUUACUUUAGAAGAC